UGGUCUGUGGUAAUAGGUUAAACUCGGGAUGGUAUUUUUGUUCCUGUGUAAACGUAAAGAAGAAAAGAACAGUAACCAGUGAGACCGGGCCAAGUUUUCACCUCUGAUACUUUUUACAAACAUCAACAGAGAAGUCUCCUAAUAUCUGACACCAGGCAGACAUCCGCGGCCCUAGCAGAUCGCCUUUUCCGAAGAUGAACUCCAAUGUGGAGAAUUUGCCCCCUCAUGUUCUUCGCUUGGUCUACAAAGAGGUUUCAGCUUUGGCAGCUGACCCACCGGAGGGUAUCAAGAUCUAUCCCAGUGAAGAAGACAUAACCGAACUCCACACAUCCAUUGAAGGGCCAGAGGGAACUCCAUUUGCUGGUGGCAUUUUCCGAAUGCGUCUGGUCCUCGGGAAGGACUUCCCUGCUGUUCCACCCAAGGGGUAUUUCCUGACCAAGAUUUUUCACCCCAACGUGAGUCACAAGGGAGAGAUCUGUGUCAACGUGUUGAAGAGGGACUGGAAGGCAGAGCUCGGCCUCAGACAUGUCUUACUUACCAUCAAGUGUCUUCUCAUCCAUCCGAAUCCAGAAUCUGCUCUGAAUGAAGAGGCUGGGCGCCUACUGUUAGAGGACUAUGCAGAAUACGAGUCACGAGCUCGUCUUCUUACAGAAAUUCAUGCCAUGGGUGGGCCUGGUGGGGCCUCUGGGGCGCCUCAGGACCCUAAUGAUGGCCCACAGCCAAAGAAGCAUGCAGGUGACCCAACAAAGAGAGCUGGACCCAGUGCAGCAGUGGUACCAGCAGCGCUGGGUAAUGGAGCUAAUGGAGCCAGUACCACUAGCAGCAAUAAUAACAGUAGUAUCAAUAAUGUAGCAGGGAAAAAGAAAGCAGAUAAGAAGCGUGCAUUGAGGCGACUUUAAUACCUCAGAUGAACUCUCAGUGAGUGUGAGUGUUUGUGUGUGUGUGUGCGUGCGUGUGUGUGUACGUGUAAAUAUAAAUAUGGAAGUGCUGAAAAAAAAUUUUGUCCCCUUUUUCUGACUCUUUCUACUCUUAAGUUCAGAUUGUCCACUUUGUACCCUUUGCUUUGCCACUGGUUUGACUACUCCUGUUGGCAUAUUACUGGUUUGGUAAUUAUUUCCAUACCUGAAGACAUCAUGAAACAUAUCUGUUCCUUUGUGAAAAGAAAACAAUACACUUUCACUGCAAAAAUCA